CUGUGGUCUCUGGGGGUUUUUUUCACUUCUGUAUUUUAUGAAAUAAACAUUCUCAAGCGGGGAGGGGGGUGGCAAGCGGUGGUCUAUGCAUGGCAGAGCUGGGCGGCACCCUUUGCUUGUACCAGUCAGGCAGCGAAUUCUGUGCAGACCUGUUAUCUAAAGCUCCACAGGGCACAGGGCAGCAGGCACUGCCAACAUUUAGCCAAAUGUCAGUGGUCUGGAAUAUGACACAGCUCAGCAGCGACAGCCAUCAGAUGCCUCCUGCUCGCGGCACCUCUGCGCCGCUCGGUCAGCGCGCCCUGCCCCCGGUGCCUCUCCGGUGUUAUUAGCGGACUGCACUCAAGUUUCUCAGCGUUUCGCUGUCAGCCUGCCCGCGGCGGACUCUCCGGCCGUGUUCAAAGACACAUCUACAGGCAAUCACCCUAACGCAGGACCACGAGGAGGCAGGCAACACGGAAGAGGAAGAUGAUGGUUCGCCUUUAUCUACCAAACGAUGGGUGCAAAUACACCUGUAUUUGGCCCCACCACAGACCCUAGCAAUCAUAUGGAAAAAGGGCGUUUUUUGUUUUAAUCCAGAUGGAACGUGCCUUCAAUGGGGAUGGAUUAAUACAACAGACGAUUGGUGACGUCAAGAUCAUCCACAGCUCUUUCUUUGACAUAUGACUCACUCAUUUAUACCACUGAUUGUAGACAUCUGCAAUGGUUUCGGCUUCUUCGCGAUACCGCGUGGAUGGUCAUAUUUCUUCGCAGACUUCAGGUUUCAAGGCCCACAGCUGGAUGCACAUGGAGACAAAACAGAUCAUAUGCUUCUUGAUAAUCUUUGUGCUCUUGGCAGUCACAUGGUUCACUGGCAGACAAUAUUCCAGCUCAAACCCUCAAGAACGUUGGCACAGCUCAAACUCUGAAGUACAUCAGACUUCAUGCCAAGCAAACAAGCAAAGUAUAACCCAAAUUAAAGAUUCGAAACAUCUCAUGGUUUCGGCUUUCAAAGACCACCGAGAAAAUGAGGCAACCCGCAUUAUCAGCAUAUUCAAAAGAGAUGAACACAAACAACUGUUUUGCAUUUUUUACUGUGCCAAAAAUUAUCAGCGUGCAACUGAGGCAAAAAUAGACAUGCACAGCGACCAUUUUGGAUUUCCUUUCGUCACGACAGAUGUGCUCUGUGAAGACAUUCCAGGCUGCAACGCCAGUCAUGUCACUCUGCAGCUGACUCAAGAGGAAGUCCAAUGCGAGGACUUCCUGCCAAUAUGGAAUCAAAAAAAGCGGGAGGAAGCCUUCCCGUACAACUUCACUGUCUGCAUCUCCAACCUGUUUGGAGAGUACAACAAUGUCCUGCAGUUCGUACAGACUGUGGAGGUGUACAGGCUCCUGGGCAUUCAGAAGGUGGUCAUCUACAACACCAGCUGUGGCCCUGACUUGGAAAAGGUGCUGAACUUCUACAUGAAGGAAGGCAUCCUGGAAGUUGUUCCAUGGCCGAUAAACCGAUUCCUCAACCCCUCUAGCGGGUGGAACUUUCAACAGCACAAAGGGGAUCUCCACUACUACGGUCAGCUGACCACACUGAAUGAGUGCAUCUACAGGAACAUGUACAAGUCCAGGUAUGUGCUGCUGAACGACAUCGAUGAGAUCAUUGCUCCAUACCAGCAUGCCAACCUGCCGCUGCUCCUUGAGAGCCUCCAGCACAAUCACCCACACGUGGGCGUGUUCGUCAUCGAGAACCACAUCUUCCCCAAAACGCUCUUUGACCAGAGCGGCCAGUUCAACCGCACCGAGUGGAAACAAGUGCCAGGGAUCAACAUCCUGGAGCACAUCUACAGGGAGCCUGACCGAAAGAAUGUUUAUAACCCUACCAAGAUGAUCAUCAGCCCCAGGCAUGUGGUACAGACGUCCGUGCAUUCGGUCCUGAAGAACUACGGGGAGACUUACAGAGUCCCGCCGGACGUCUGUAGGAUCGUGCACGUCAGAGUACCCCUUCAAGGGCACCUGACCAAGGAGCAGCUGUUCGUAGACAAAAAGCUCUGGGAAUAUGAGAAGAAUCUCAUACCAAAUGUAGAUAAUGUAUUGAAAAAAUCAGGGAUAUUGAAUUGAGGUGGCAGAAGGGCUUUCACUGUAAUUUCCAAUAUGAACAUGGGGUCAGUUUCACUUCUCCCUGAUGUCAUGUCUUAACUGCUGAUGAGAGAGAAUUUUUAAAUUUUUUCUUACUGAAAUUAAUUUUAUAACUUUUGGGUGGAAGGACACACGAGAACCGCUUAGGUUGUUUUGCUAUUAAACAGUCUUUUUUCUUUCAGGCCUACAACCUGCUCUCAGGGAGAAGGAGAUAGUGCGAAACAAAUAGGACACCUUGUAAGAUGGCCACACACCUGUGAAAAUUGUUGAAACUUAAAAAAAUAUAUAUUACAACCUGCUGCACCAGACUGUGCCUCCUUUUAAUUUGUUGAAGCUAAAAGCACCUCAGGAGUUAAGGGUCAGCACCAGAGGCUUCUGAUAACACAAGUCCAAUAAAUGACAAAACAACAGGGGAAAGUUCCAGGUGUUAUUUAGGGUUAGGGUUAGGUUUAAGUAUAACCAAGCAAAGUGUAACCCCAAUUAAAGAUUCAAAACAUCUCAUGGUUUCGGCUUUCAAAGACAGAGAAAAUGGAGCAGCCCGCAUUAUCAGCAUAUUCCAAAGAGAUGAACACCAACAACUCUGCAUUUUUGACUGUGCCCAGCAUUAUCAUCACACAACUAAAGCAAGAACAGACAUGUAGACAGUGACCAUUCUGGAUUUCUUUUUGUCAUGAUGUCAGAUGUGGUCUGUAAAAAUGUUCCAGAAUGCAAUGCCAGUCAGUUACUCAAGUGCAAGUGACUCAAGAGGUGAAGAAAACAAGGAAGUUUCUCCAGGCAGUCAAACAUUCCGACAAUAAUUCUCUAACAAGUUUCAUUGACAACAAUGCAGGGGCCAUUUCUGAGCUCUGCUCAUAUAAUUAAUUAACUGCACAAAUCCUGAUGACAAACAUCUUUUUUUUUCAACAUGAAUACUUCUCCAGUCAAGGACAGUCAGAAAAGGGAGAAUGAACUAUUGCCAAGAGUUCCUCCAUCUCAAAAGAAGAAUGAGAUGCUGCCAUUGCUAAUGGUGGGCAGCAGUCUUGUACACUCGUAAGGAGCAGGGCUCAUAUCCAAAAGGCUGCUGGUUGGAUUCCCCGCUGGGGCAUUAUUCUUGUACCUUUGGCCAAGGUACUUAACCCGCAGUUGACUCUAGUCUAGCUCUCCAAGAUCAAGAAUGUACACUGGACACUAUUGCAUCAGCAGUCAGCGGCGCUGUUGACUCCAUCUUGACUCCUGGACUUUGAUGCAACAGUCUGAUACGACAGUGAAGGAAUUACAGCUCAAACUGUCACGUACAUCAGACUUCAUGCUAAGCAUAUUCCAAUGAGUAUAACCCCAAUAAAACAUUCAGUACAUCUUAUGAUAUCUGCCUUCAAAGACCACAAAGGAAAUGGAGCAAUCUGCGUUAUCAGAAUCAUCAAAAAGGCGAACACCACCAUUUGCAGUUUAGAUUUUUUGUUUUUCGUUUUUAUUGCGCCUAUCAUUAUCAUCAUGUAAUGAUAAAAUACAAGCCGAUAUACAGCAGGCUAAUAAAACAGUGAAGGAACUGACUGCUUAGCAUGGGUGUCACGCUAAGGUUGUUGAACUACCCAAAAAGUCAGAGACACGGAGGACAGGCGCCGGAGAAAUAAUGUGCAACUGGUUGGACUGCUGAUCUCCUGGAGCCGAUUCCCUCCCUGGCCAGCGGGCACAUUGAAAUUGACCGCAGCCAUUGCGUUUACAGUGGGAGAGAAGCCCAUAACAGCAGACGUCCCCUGUAGACUCACCUUUAACUUACUUGUGUCCUUGAGAUGGGCAUUCGACAGCCUGUUCCUUUCAAAUGGGACAGUCAUACAGCGGCUCCUUUCUUGGUUUGUAUUUUUUGGGGACACUGGAGUUGGCUGCUUGGAUUGAAGAAGUAUUCACAUGAAUUUUGUUAGGCUUGAUGUGUUUCUACACUCCUUGGCCAAUUACUGUCAUAUUUGUUCAAAAGUGGACACGGGGUGUUCUAUGUUGUAUGGGCAUUUCUCCACUGAUACUGAGUUGGUUGUAUACCUAAAUUGAACAGCAAAUCUUGUCUUUUCUACUACAUGUUGGGAUACACUGUGAUGAAUAUUGAUAUGGUUUAUUUGUUCUGGCCAUUAGCUGUAUGCACUGAUUAAGGGUUAUAUCUUUGUAUGGGAUGGAGUCAUGAAUCAACUAUUGUUUAUGCUUUUGCAGAACUGUAGUAUCACUUCCUCAGGUUUGCCUUUCUUUUAUAUGUAUUUUCUUUUUUAUUCCUAUCAUGCAAGUGACAAAAGAUUAUUUCAGAUUUGAUUUUUAUGGUUACGGGUACCUUGAUGCUAUGCCAGAGAGUUUCAGCAGACUUUCUGUACACUUGACCUACACUUACUUUAGUGAUCUUAGUUGUGUGAUAUAAUAUGUAAUCUGAACAUCCUUUGUUUAAAUGUUAAUGGACUUAACUUUGCUGUGAAACAAAUGCAGAUUUUAGAAUAUCUCCGUAAUAAAGGUGUCUCUGUGGCCUUG